UUGAAAAAUGCCUAAGGGAAAUUUUUCAUAAGUUCCCGUUUAACUGUUUAAGACAUAUCAAAGUAAUGGUUUUGACAACAACUUAAACUUGUGAUUAUCUUUGAAACUAUCAGUUUAAAUAACACUUAUUUGGAUCAUUUGGUUACUAGAUAAUCUAUCACUGUUGGAUUUACUGAAACUUCCACGUGAAUUGACUUUGUUCUUUCAAAAGUUACCAUGCACAUUAAAAUUCAAAAGCUUAGGUUAAGUAUUUCUUUUUUGUCACGAAGCUUAGGUUAAGUCAAAGUUCAAUGAUUUGACACUUAUAAAAAUGAGGUUAAUAAUCUCCAUCCGUGAUUCCGGUUCUUUUGAACUACCUCCUCCUCCUAAAUAAUUAUUACACCAUAUAAAUAAAAUAAUUCAGUGGACUUUUCUUCAACGAAUAGUAAUUAGUAAGAAAAUAAAAUAAAUAACCGACUUUUCCUUGAAUGAGAGAACCAUAAUCUCUCGGUUAGAAGAUAAAUCUGAGAAUGUAUGCAUAUUACUUGAUUUUUAUUUUAUUGUGUAAUCUAGCGAAGAGAAAUUUCUCCCCGGAUAAUAAGAAAAUCGCAUAAAUAUUUAACAGUAUAUGGUUGUAUGGUGGGAGGCAAACCUUAGAUGUAUAGAAAGACUUUUCAUCAACCUUCUAAAAAUCUAUUUCUGUCUUCUCAGUAUCCAACAAACAAUGUAUGGUCGAAAUAACGUUUCCAUACAAGUAGACAAUCAUGAAUAGAACCCUUGUGAGAAGAAUCCGGUUUCGAAUUUCCAUUAUAAUUUAGAAGUUGCAUGUAUUUAAAUUAAAAUAUAUCACUAAAAUCAUAGUUUAUUAAAAAUCAAAUUACUUGAUGUCUUGAUGAGGUUCAAUAAAAAUCAAAUUACUUUUCAUCUAAUUUUUAAUAUGACAAUUACAGCCACAGCGAUCUUACGUACAUUCUGCAAUAAUUCCAACUAGAUAAGCUCUUCAGGAUCCGACCGGACUAACUCUACUUCACCCGAUCGGCCUUAUAAUCCUCUUGUCCGUUAGUAUUUUAAUAAGCCACUUAACCUUUUAUGUAGCAUGUAAUUAAAAACACUAAUUGAGUAUUAAUCAAGCAAUUGAUGACUAAUCGCUUCUUCCCCUAUAAAUAGAUCCGAUCCUUCCACUACUUCUUCAGUCUGACUUUCCCUCUCUCCAACAAAAACAACAAACGCAGCCGUUUCAUAGCAGAAAGAUGUUUUCUUCUUCUCCAACUUCUUUCGCUCAUACACUCCUCUCUUCUCCGCCUCUCUCCCCCGUAUCUCCGCCAUCUCGCACAACUAAGAUCUCGCCUCUUCUCGCCUCCGCCUCGUGCUCCUACACCUGCGCGGAGGACUCUCCCAGACUGCAUCAGCUACAGCGGCGUUUGACGACGGCCACCGCUUCGCUCUACGAGAUUCUUGAGGUUCCUCACGGCGCGAGCCCCCAGGACAUUAAAUCGGCUUACCGGAGACUGGCCAGGAUCUGCCAUCCCGACGUGGCGGGACUUGAUCGGACGAGCUCUUCUUCUUCGGGGGAUGAGUUCAUGAAGAUCCACGCGGCGUACUGUACGCUUUCUGAUCCUGAGAAACGCUCUCUUUACGAUCGGAGGAUGCUUCGGAGGAGCCGUCCUUUGACCGUCAGUACCUCCGGGAUGGGAAGUUACGUUGGUCGGAACUGGGAAACUGAUCAGUGCUGGUAGCGAGUUGACUCGGUGACCGUGCUAUAAACAGGCAGCGAUAAUUAUGGGCUUAACGUCGUAAUUAAUACUAUUAGUAAAUAGCUGACACGGACGUGGAUUAUUGUGCUAUAACGUUGGUUCCGUGUUACGUAGGAUCUCCGUGUUUUUUACCUUGUGAAUGAUCCUAUAUUGUCAAUGAAAAAUAUAUACUCAGUCUAAUUUCGCUCUUAUGAUUGAUUAUCUAUAAAUUAAUUUA